AUGUCUUUCGCUGCGAGAAUUGCGCGCCCCUUCGCUUCUCGAGUCCUCGCUCAGAGACUCCCUGUGACGGCCGGCCGGGUCACGCCUGCGUCAUGCUUCCCCGCGGGGAACAUCAGGAGCUUCUCUCGGAGCUCACUAUGGCAGGCGAAGAAGUACACUGAAUCGCACGAAUGGAUAGAGCUGGCGGACGACGGCACCGCCAAAAUCGGUAUCACGGAUUACGCGGCCAAGUCGCUGGGCGACGUCGUCUACGUCGAGCUUCCCAGCGCCGACCUCGAGGUGGCCGCCGGCGAGCCCGUCGGAGCAGUCGAAUCGGUCAAGUCGGCCUCGGACGUCCUGGCCCCUGUGUCGGGCAAGGUCAUUGAGGGCAACACCGCGCUCGAGGACAACGCCAAGAUCAUCAACCAGAGCCCCGAGGGCGAGGGCUGGAUCGCGAAGAUCCAGGUCAACGACUCGUCCGAGCUCGAGAAUUUGAUGGAUCAGGCUGCCUAUCUCGAGUCUGUUGGUGAGAACGAGCACUAG